CUCCCCUUGAUCGUGUUUAGAGAUGGCGGCAAAUAAGGAAGCCAUAGCUAUUGUGCUGGAUGUGGGUCCCUCCAUGAACCAGGCACCGCCGGGGGAGGUGUCCUCACUACAGACAGCUAUUGAUGCCAUCACUAUGAUUCUCCAGAGGAAGAUGUUCUCUGAGUCUAAGGAUGAGGUAUCUCUGGUUCUGUUUGGUACUGAUGGCACAGACAACCCUCUGGCUGAUGGAGACAGCUACCAAAACAUCACCAUUGCCCGACCUCUUGGGGUCGCGGACUUUGACCUGCUCCAGCAGGUGAAGGAUGAGAUUCAGCCUUCAGACACAGCAGCUGACUUCCUAGAUGCAGUGGUUGUUGCCAUGGAUCACCUUGUCCAGGGAAUACAGGGUAAGAGAGGGUUUGCAUCGAAGCGUAUCAUCCUGCUGUCAGACCUGGGGGGCGAGUUUGGAGACGAUCAGCUGGACACCAUCAUUGGUGCACUCCACAACUCGGGGACAAAUAUUGACGUCAUUGGCCCCAACAUUGACGAUGAUGAGGAUGAGGAAGGAGGGGGAGGCGAUGCAGGGGGGGCAUCGGUCAACGGUCACCGCAAGGACAAGACCCCUCAGCAGCGAGCAGGGGAAGCUUUGAUUAAACAUAUUCUGGACCAAGUUGAGGGGGAAUGCUAUUCAUUCAGUGAAGCGUUACCUGCCCUUAGUUACUUCACAGCUCGUCAGGUCCGCCCUACAGCAUGGAAAUGCACAAUGGAUAUUGGUCCCGAUCUCCGUAUACCAAUAAACUUUUAUGGAAAAAUAAAAGACUUCAAGUUGAAGCAGAGCUGGAAAAAGGUUUAUGCAAAGGAUCCUGACCAAACGGUGGGCAACUUGCGGACACAGCACAUGAAUGACGAGGAGGAGACAGAGGUGGAGAGAGAGGACAUUGUACAGGGUUAUCGCUAUGGUAACACGUUAGUGCCGAUGUCUGAGGAUGACAAAGAAAACAUGAAGUAUAAAGCAGAGAAAUGUCUGAAGGUUCUUGGCUUUACAAAAAGUGAUAAUGUAAAACGCCAUCAUUUCUUGGGAGAUGGGACAAAUGUUGUUUUUGCUGAGAAAGGAGAUGAGGCUGCUGGAGUUGCCCUUUCUGCCAUGAUCAACGCCCUCUAUGAGACAAACAUGGUGAUUAUUGCUCGCAGGGUCUACUCCAGUGCUUCAGGACCUAAACUUGGAAUUCUCUGGCCCUCAAUCAAGGCCAAUUAUGAGUGUUUGUAUUGGGCAGAAAUCCCUUUUGCCGAGGAUCUACGUCAGUUCACCUUUGGAUCACUGCCAAUCAUGGAUGAUGUUGAAACAAACAAGAAAUACAAACCUACAGCUGAGCAGCUCAGUGCAGUGGAUGACCUCAUCACAGCCAUGGACCUCAGCCAGGCAGCAGCGGAUGAUGACGAUGAAGAAGAAGAAAAGUCUGAGUUUCUGAAGCCAAAACUGACCUUCAACCCAUACUUUCAGAGAUUAUACCAGUGCCUACAACACCGAGCUGAAAACACAGACGAGGGAUUGCCAGAGUUAUCCCCACUUAUUGCAAGCUAUCUCAAACCACCACAAGAAGUUCUCACAAGAUGUGAAGAACAUGUGGAGAAAAUGAAAAAUGUAUUUAAACUUGAAAUGGUUUCUAAGAAGAAAGAUGAAAAAACAGGAGAAGCAAUGUUUAAGGAUAAUGAGGCGGAGGCAGGACCAGCUCCAAAACGACAAAAGCUGGAUGACAACCUUGAAGGAGGGAUGCAAGAUAUCACAAGGGCAAAGGUCACUCAGGUUGGGACGGUGACCCCGACAGCUGACUUCCAGGCCCUCAUCAGCAGGAAGGAUGAGGACAUGUUUGAAGAAGCUUGCCAACAAAUGCAGAAGAGAGUGGAACAGAUAGUGUCUGAUUCUUUUGGCACCCAGUUCUACAGCAAGGCCAUGGAGUGUCUCAAAGCGCUCAGACAGGAGUGUAUCAAGAAACAAGAAGCAAAGGUGUACAAUGAUUUCAUGACCAAGUACAAGGACACUCUAAUUGGAAAAGGGAAAAGAGAUUUCUGGGAUCAAAUUGUUCAAGAUAAGCAGGCACUGAUCACCAAGCUGGAGUGUGAAGAUGGUGGAGUGUCCAAGGAGGCAGCACACAAGUUUGUUGAGGAGGAGGUGAAGGAGGAGCCGGCGUCAGCCGCCGAUGCAGAAACAACAGACGACCUGAUGGAUCAGUUGGAGUAGAUUCGGCAAGACAAAAUCAAAUACUACCAGGGUUACAACUGAUUUUGUUGAAGGCAAAUCCCUGGGUUGGAUUCAACAGGCAGCUCAAAGAUUGUCAACACGAAUGAGAUUCUGUUCAUAGCUCAGCUCCUGGUCAUGAACAAGUCUUAAGUUGCUUUAUAUGUCAUCUGAAUGUAAAUAAUCAUUAUCUCUCCAUAUGGAUAACAAUUUUAGUCAAUCUAUUGCUUACAGGCACCCAGCUACCUGUGAAGAGCAUUCAUUGUGUCAUUUGUUCUUGUAGCCAACAGGAGUUCUGGCAUAGAAGAAUAACUGGAUGCAUUUCAUAUUUGCGAGAUGGCAAUCUCGUGAGAUCCUUUAUUCUGUUUCUGGGGAUUUUCUGAUCAGCCAAUCAGUGUGUUGAAUUCUAAAUUCUCAACCGUGUGUGUUUUGUUUCUAUAGCUAGACAAUCAACAUAAAUGGGCAGUUCAGAAUUGAGAUUAAAAUGGCCAUACUUUGUUUUGGAUAUUUUAGCUCGUUUCAGUCUUCUGAUUAAUUACAAAAGAAAGGUCUGGUGGAUAUUGACAGAAGUAUCAAAUAAGAAAAAAUGAUGUUAAACGAGAUCCUGGAGAUGGAAAAAAGAGUUAUCAAUAGUUUUCACAUUCUUUAGAUGUCAGCUGGUCUGUAUUCAUCAUAUCUAACUUUAUCAAUGAAAGAUAUUUUAAGAUCAAUGUAAGUUUAGUCUUUCCAGUUGAAAAAAGAAUCUUUGUGUGUCAACUAUUGGGGCAAUUCACACAGCAUUCCAGUGAGGACAUUAGACACUACCAUGAUGAAUGUUGGUGUAUAAGCCAUGUCCAAAAUGGGACUUAUAACUUUUUGUGUGUGUUAGUACCUCCAUUUUCUGGUCAAUUGUUACCAGAAUAUAUUUCAUAGCUAAACAAAAAUAAUUACAAAUUAAAUGUUCCAUUUAACUGUGCUUUAUCCUCUUAUUUGGUUAGCAUAUUUGAGGGAUUUACACUUAUACCUUGUGCUUUAGUAAUAGUCGGGCCAAAUGUGUUCUUAAGAGCUAAAGUAGCAGUAUUGUCACUGCCAACUUGCAAGAACUGCCAGUCUGUAGGUUUGUGUAAGAUGUAUGUAUUUACAAGAAUUCAUUUAGAAACAUGAGCACAGUGAACAUCAAAUGCAAAGUGUAGCCAAAAGAUGAUUGAAAGGAAAAGCACUAUUCCGUGAAAGCAGAGACCUGGUGAAAGGCGACGGUGCAAGGCGACGUUUAGACAAAGAUUCUAAUGUCGUUUUCAGGCAAGUGAUGGGUCUCUGAAAUAAAAAUUUCUGAUUAAGAAAAUGUAAUGUUUAUUUAAAAUUAAUUUGUAACAGCACAGUUUUUAAAACUUCCACCUGUAAGCCCUGCCUGGAACUUUACAACAAUCCUUGCCUGAGGUUUCCAAACAUUAUUUAUGAAAGAACAGGGUUAGGGUUAGAGGCUAAAUUUGAAGAUGAGUUUAUUGGCAGAAGUCUUUCCUUCAAUUAACAAUGGAAAUAUUUAUAAGAGAAUGUGGCUGUGGUUUGUUAACAUGUUUAUGUGCAGUACAAAUUCCAUAAGAAUGUUUAUUUAGAGGCAUUGAUGUUAUAAAUAUUGCAUCCAGUUUGAUAUUAAAUAUUAACCAGUUACAUGGACACAAGUCCUGGGCGUGGUCCCCAUCUAGCUACUGAGAAGGGCCUUCUGCAGCAAACUUGCCUUUGCCCAGGAAUGGUUGGAAGUCCCAUAUCCCAAGAUAGACUCAAGACAGGGUAUGAAACUUCCCAAAAAUUUCAGCCUGACCACAGGGCUGGUUAGAUGUAAAACUUGCCAGCCCUGACCAAAACUUAUCUGCCCACAAAAUAUCUUCAUAUACAUGUCUAAAUUUCAUGUGAAUUUGAGAAUCUGGCAGUUCGUGUUGAAAAAUAACCCAUCUCAGGCAGUCGGGCAGGCAGGCAUUUGACUGCUUGUUUUGUCUUAAAUUUUCCAGAAAACUCAUCACUGUACCGACAUCUGAAAACAGCAAUAUGUGCCUGUUUGCUAUGAAAAUAAAUGAUUUUUUUUAUUGCUA